AUGUCGCAUGUUAGUGGAACCAUGCGUGGUACACCCCAGCGGCGUGGUCAAGUCCCAUUCGAGAACAGCCCUUCGGCCAUUCCCAGACCAAAGCUGGAGUCUACACCUGGUGGUGCUCAGAGUGAGAUGUCAGGGACUUCGACGCUCUCUGCCAGUCGUCAGAAGCAGAGCAAGAGAGAUGAAGCCAUCAGGAGGAAGAUGGAGGCCGACCUUUCCAAGAAGACUCGAACCACCGGCCGCGCCCGACAUACUCGCAAAGCCCCUCCCGGCACUGUGCUAGCCCUCAAGCCCAGUCAAGCCCUUCAGAUCAAGCCUUCUACCACCGUCGCCGAAGCCGCUCAGUUGAUGGCCGCCAAGCGCGAAGACUGCGUUUUGGUUACCGAUGAUGAUGACCGCAUCGCCGGGAUCUUCACGGCAAAAGAUCUCGCUUUCCGCGUUGUUGGUGCGGGCAUCAAGGCGAGGGAUGUCACCAUUGAGCAGAUCAUGACCAAGAACCCCCUGUGUGCAAGAACUGAUACUAGCGCAACGGAUGCAUUGGAUUUGAUGGUGCGGAAGGGCUUCAGACAUCUGCCGGUCAUGGACGAGAACCAGGACAUCUCCGGUAUUCUCGACAUUACCAAAUGUUUCUACGAUGCUAUGGAGAAGCUAGAGCGUGCUUACAGCUCUUCACGCAAACUAUACGAUGCUCUGGAAGGCGUGCAGUCUGAGCUCGGGGCUAGCCAACCGCAGCAGAUCAUCCAAUACGUGGAGGCUUUGAGAUCGAAGAUGUCCGGCCCUACCCUGGAGUCGGUUCUGAACGGCCUGCCGCCCACCACUGUUUCGGUGCGCACUUCAGUUAAGGAGGCUGCCCAGCAGAUGAAGGAGAACCAUACCACUGCUGUGCUUGUACAGGAUCAGGGUUCCAUCACUGGCAUUUUUACCAGCAAAGAUGUCGUACUCCGAGUUAUCGCUCCUGGCCUCGACCCCGCCACCUGCAGUGUGGUUCGGGUCAUGACGCCCCAUCCCGACUUUGCUCCUACCGAUAUGAGCAUCCAAUCGGCUUUGCGCAAGAUGCACGAUGGCCACUAUCUUAAUUUACCUGUUAUGAACGAGACUGGCGAGAUUGUUGGUAUGGUCGAUGUUUUGAAGCUCACGUAUGCCACACUCGAGCAGGUCAAUACCAUGAACACCGGUGAUUCAGAGGGUCCAGCCUGGAAUAAAUUCUGGAUGUCAAUGGAUCACGCCGACACAGAAUCUAUGAUGUCUGGCGAGGGCAGCAAUCGCCCUACUACUCCUGGCCAUCGCUCAGUGAUGGAUUCGGAAGUUCCUCGGCCCGCAGUCGAGCGAGGCGACAGCGUCAUGCCGCACGACUCGGCCUCACAUCGCGGCGACGAUGUUCAGUCUGAGAUACAAUCGCCCGGAUUACCUGUUGAGCCUACCGAGGAAACGCCAUUUCCCUUCAAAUUCAAGGCGCCCAGUGGCCGUGUACAUCGUAUUCAGGUUGUUGCUGCCAACGGUAUUGCAGAACUUGUGGACAAUGUCACGUCUAAGUUGGGUGCUGAGAUAGAGGCUGUGGGUGGUGAGGCUUCGGUCAACGAUGGCAAAUUGGGCAAGGCUGGGUACGCUCUGAGCUACAUGGACGACGAGGGCGACACUGUCUCUAUUACCACUGAUCAGGACCUAAUUGACGCCAUCAGUCUUGCAAGACACGGCAAACGGGACAAGGUCGACCUUUUCGUUCACGACCCUGCUCAGCCUCCCAUCGCCGCCACUGUCGACCCAAGACCUGCACUGUCAAAACCCCCCACCCCUCCUGAGUCGGUGUUGAAACAGGAACAGGACGUUGAUGAGAGCGAAGUGGACGGUCCUCGGUCAAGGAGAAGACAGCACAUGGCGCAAAGCGAGGAGCAGGUCAUCCAAGGAGUACCAAACGAUCUGCUUCUCCCAGGUGCGAUUGUGACGCUUGCAGUUGUCAUUGUUGGUGUUUUCGCAAUCAGCAGAGCGACCUCAAAGUAA